GUGGCCACUCCCGUAUACACAACAAGAGUCCAGGAACAAAAUGGCUGGAAUUCUGUGCCCCUAUGUUGAUCCAGCGAGCCACGCUGCAGAUGGGAAAUUUCCACUGGACGAUGUCGAUCUACAUUCCAUCUCCGAUGAAUCUCCGGCUGAAGUACUCUACACCGCACCAGCUCUACACGAUUUGGGGCAAAUAACUGUGGCACGGCUCUCCAAAUCCCUCGCUCUAAAAGGCGGUGGGAAUGUCCUCCCUUCCGAGGCCGCAACGCUACGGAUGAUUGCCUCCAAGACUGGCAUUCGAGCUCCACGCGUCCAUCGCUCGUUCCAAGUCCAGGACGAUACCAAGUACUUCGGCACCAUGGGAUAUAUUGUAAUGGAUUAUAUAGACGGUCGACCUCUGGAUACCUGCUGGGAAGACCUUGGUGAUGAACAGAAGAUGGACGUCUCCAAACAAGACGCCGCGAUGAUCACCGAAAUGCAGCGGAUCCAACUACCGGGGCCACCGGGGCCAAUCGGCGGCGGGCCUUGUCGUGGUCGGUUCUUCACUCACUACAGCGCCGGUCCAUUCGGGGAUAUCUCCGAAUUCGAACGAUGGGUCAACCGUAAGUUGGACAUCUGCAAGAAGAUCAAAAAGGCUCCCCAGGAUAUCCCUGGCUUCCAAUUCACGGAGUUGGUCCUUGUCCAUCAGGAUGUUAGCCCGCGAAAUCUUACCUUGGACCCAGAUGAGCAGGUAUGGUUGCUGGACUGGGCAGAUGCCGGAGCAUAUCCGCCAGCUUUCGAGACGGCGGACGGCCCUGGCUUCCCAGCAGAGUUUUCCUGAAUUUCAUGCCAUGGUGCUCUCGCCUCUGC